CAACAACAUGUGUAUAAAUCAAUAAAUAUAGGGAGACUAUAUGUACACAAAUGAGGUUGUGGUUUGAGCUGCUAUGGACAACAUUGAAAGAGCCAAAGAGGUGCCCACGUCGUCACUGUGGAGUUCGCCAACCUCUUCUCUUUGGCCAUUCUCACGAUGGCUGAGAUCAAGAGUAGCAAAAGCAACUUAUAUCAUCGUCGGUGUUUUGUAUGUCAAAGUUCAUGCUGGAUCUUGAGGCUGUCGGACUUGCGGCGGCGGAAUAGAAGUGCUCUCGAUCGAAUCGGUGGCGCUCCGGAAUGAUAACCGGUGAAAAUUAUGCUAAACUAAAAUGACGAAAGUAUUUUAGGAAGCGAGGUAUGCGCCGUGAAAUUUAAUUGUUCUCUUAAUUAAUUAUUAAAUUUUUAAUAUUCUAAUUAUUCUUAACUAUCUAUUAACUACUAACUCCCUAUUAAUUACCUAAAUUGUUACUAGCCAAUAGGAACAACUUAAAAUAAUUCUUAAGUUUUUAGCCUUAACCAUUAAGGACCUGAACUUAUCCCCUCCCCCAGUCAGAACUCAGAAUGUCCAUAGACAAAUAAAACGAUUGCUCUGUAAGCACUACUUUGCGAGAAAAAUGGAUCAGCCAAGCUAAUCAUUACUAUAAUCCGACAUGUCGUAUUUUAUGUUUGCUCAGUAAGCUUUUGUUGGGUUCUGCUGUCUCAUGUUCAUGGACACAGAGCACAUGCAAGAAGCUACAGAUGGCCGCAUGGGCGGCUGGAUUAACCAUGGCUAAGGCUAAGUCAACUCACGAACUAAAACAAGCUUCAUUCUGAAACUUUAACAGUUGACCUUACAAUUAAGCUUUUAAAUCUCCCACUCCUGAUCCAAAUUCCAAAGCUUCCCGUACACCCGACCAAAAAAAAAAAAAAAAAAACAAAACAAAAAUGGCGGAAUGGCAGAGCUCCGCCGCCGUGUCUUUGCUCCUUCUCCUCCUCUCAGCCUUCAUUCCGCCGGCGGCCUCGGAAGCAGCCGGCGGACUCCUCAGAUGGGCUUCCACGCUCCACAACCUCCCCCAAUCCAACAUCUCCACCUGGCCGCGUGCCGCGGCCAACGGCAGCCCCUGCAAUUUCGUCGGCGUCUCCUGCUCCGCCGCCGGCGAUGUCGUCCGAUUAAACCUGACCAACUCCGGCCUCAACGGCACCCUCCAAGCAUUCCCCUUUUCCUCCCUCCCCAAUCUAACCCACUUGGAGCUCAGCGUGAACCUGUUAACCGGCUCGAUCCCGCCCGAAAUCGGCCUCCUCGCCAACCUGAUCGACCUCGAUUUCUCCCUCAACCAGCUCUCAGGCCCCAUCCCGUCCGAGAUCGGCCGCCUCACGAACCUCCAAGUCCUCCACAUUGUCGAAAACAAGCUCACCGGGCCAAUCCCGGACGAAAUCGGUCGGCUCGAGUCGAUAACCGAGCUCGCACUCUACGAAAACCGCCUCACCGGUCCGAUCCCUUCGUCAAUUGGAAACCUCACCAAAUUAGCUCGGCUAUAUCUCUACAGCAACGAGCUAACCGGUUCGAUCCCACCCGAAAUCGGCCACCUCUCCACCGCUCUAACCGAACUGUUCAUCGAUACGAAUCAACUGUCCGGUCCGAUCCCAGCCAGUUUCGGAAACCUGACCAAACUAACCACAUUUUUCAUCUUCGACAACAACCUCUCCGGCGCCAUCCCCGAUGAGAUCGGAAACCUCGAAUCCCUCCAAUACCUCAGUCUCCAUACCAACAACUUAUCCGGUUCAAUCCCGCCGUCUCUCACCCGGUUGAACUCCCUCAUUCUCCUCCAUCUCUACUCCAACCGUCUCUCCGGCCCGAUCCCGCCGGGGAUCGGCAACCUAGACUCCCUCGCCGAUUUAGAGCUCAGCGACAAUCGACUCACCGGUACCGUCCCGGCUUCAAUUGGGAACUUGCAGAAUCUGGAGAUCCUGUUUCUCCGGGUGAACAAUCUAUCCGGUUCAAUUCCUGAUUCUAUAACGAAUCUCACCAAGCUUACAGUUCUUCAGCUCGACUCCAACAACUUCACCGGCCGUCUCCCGGAGACCCUCUGCGGUGGAAUCCAAAAUCUCACGGUCCAUUCCAACAACUUCAGCGGCUCAGUCCCCAGAAGCUUCGAGAACUGCACCACUUUCAUCCGGGUUCGAUUGGAAGACAAUCAAUUCACCGGCAACAUUUCCGAGGAUUUCGGAAUCUACCCGAAUUUGCAGUACCUCGAUCUCAGCCGGAACAAUUUCCACGGCGAGGUCUCGCCGUCGAAAUGGGUUUCCUGUCCGAAUCUAGCUACUCUGCGGAUAUCAGGAAACAGAGUCACAGGCGAAAUCCCGGGGCAGAUCGGUAAUCACCCUAAGCUUCAAGCUCUUGAUCUUUCUUCCAACCAAUUAGUUGGCCAAAUACCCUUAGAGCUCGCCAAUCUGACCUCUCUGGUCAAGCUGCAGCUCUCCGGGAACCAACUCUCGGGGCCGAUUCCUCUCGAAAUAAGGUCGUUGACGAAGCUCGAUUCGCUCGAACUCGCCUCGAAUCGACUCAACGAGUCGAUUCCAGGGAGUUUGGGAGAGCUGACGCAGCUCAACGACUUGAACUUGAGCAACAACCAGUUCGGUGACCGGAUUCCUGAGCAAUUGGGGAGGUUGGUUCAUCUGUCGACUCUCGAUUUGAGCCGAAACUCGCUCACCGGCACAAUUCCAUCACAGCUUACCUCCUUGAGCAGCUUGGAGUUCCUCAACCUCUCGCGAAAUUCACUCUCUGGAUCAAUUCCCAAUGGUUUUGCCCAAAUUCCAUUGCAUACGGUGGAUAUAUCCCACAACAGAUUGCAGGGUCCCCUGCCGAGAAGCCCUGCGUUUCGAAACGCGUCAAUGGAAGAACUAGAGGGGAACGAUGGACUAUGUGGAGGAAGUAAUGUUGUACAACCCUGCAACGCAACAGACAACGGUCCAACCAAGAAGAGGAAUCUGCGGAGAUUCCUGUUCUUGGUCAUUUUCUUCCCGGUUCUAGGAGUAGUACUCCUGCUUGUGUUCAGCUGGGCGAUGUUCUUCCUGUACAGCAGAAACCCACGAGGCCAGCAGGAUCACGAACAGCAGGUCCUGCUCGCACCGGGGUUCGACACGAAAAUCAUGUACUCGGAUAUCGUGACAGCCACAGACCGAUUCGAUCCUGCACACUGCAUAGGCAGAGGAGGGUACGGUACGGUGUACAGAGCAACCCUGCCUUCGGGCAUCAUCGUGGCGGUGAAGAAGCUGAAUUGUUCCGACGACAGCAGCGAGGACGACGAAUCACACAAGGAGUUUCUCAGAGAGGUAGAAGCGCUGGCGGAGAUAAGGCACCGGAACAUCGUGAAGCUGUAUGGGUUCUGCUCUCAGUCUAAUCACUCUUUCCUUGUCUACGAGUAUCUGGACAGAGGAAGCCUGGCCUCAGUUUUGAGCCAGGACAACUCGGGAGCUCGAGAGCUUGAUUGGGGGAAGAGAUUGAACAUUGUGAGGGGCGUGGCGCAUGCUCUGUCUUACCUGCACCAUGAUUGUGCCAUCCCGAUCGUUCAUCGAGAUAUUACGAGCAACAAUGUGUUGCUGGAUCGUGAUUACGAGGCCAAAGUUGCGGAUUUUGGGACUGCCAAGCUUCUCAGCUCGGAUAGCUCCAACUGGACUACACAGGCGGGGACUCGUGGCUACAUUGCUCCAGAGUUGGCAUACACCAUGAGAGUGACGGAGAAGUGCGAUGUGUACAGUUUUGGAGUGGUGGCGCUGGAAGUGAUUAGAGGGAGCCAUCCAGGGGAACUUGUGUUGUCAUUGGCAUCUUCUACGGAGGAGGAGGCGGCGGCGGUGGUGUCGUUGGAUGAUCUGCUAGACCGGCGGCUCGCACGGCCUGUGCCUGGAUUCCGGCAAGAGCUAGAGAACGUUGUGAGGAUUGCAGCGUUGUGUUUGAAUGUUGAUCCACAGUUUAGGCCGGAGAUGAGGUUGGUUUGUGAGAUGCUGUCCAAGGGACAUAAAAGAAAGGUGACAUGGGGUAGGCAUUAGUAGUCACUCAGGCGGCACUAGAAAAUAAUUGUAUGUUGUAUUUGAUCUCACAACAAUCGUUUAAUAAAGAAUGAUAGGUUAA